AUGAUAAGCACCAGCCGAGCCGCAGUAGCCCGUCUCGUCGGCGCCGCAGCCUCUCGGGGCCCCCCAGCCGCCCGCCACCAGGAUGGCUGGAAUGGCUUUAGUCAUGAAACUUUUAGAAUUGUUUCAAGGCGGGACUAUGCAUCAGAAGCGAUCAAGGGAGCAGCUGUUGGUACUGAUUUGGGUACCACCAACUCCUGUGUGGCAGUUAUGGAAGGUAACAAAGCAAAGGUGCUAGAGAAUGCUGAAGGGGCCAGAACCACCCCUUCAGUUGUAGCCUUUACAGCGGAUGGUGAGCGACUUGUUGGCGUGCCGGCCAAGCGACAGGCUGUCACCAACCCAAACAACACAUUCUAUGCUACCAAGCGUCUCAUUGGCCGGCGAUAUGAUGACCCAAAAGUUCAAAAAGACAUUAAAAAUGUUCCUUUUAAAAUUGUCCGUGCCUCUAAAGGCGAUGCCUGGGUUGAAGCUCAUGGAAAACUCUAUUCCCCGAGUCAGAUUGGAGCAUUUGUGUUGAUGAAGAUGGAAGAGACUGCAGAAAAUUACUUGGGGCAUACAGCAAAAGAUGCUGUGAUCACUGUCCCAGCGUAUUUCAGUGACUCUCAGAGACAGGCCACUAAGGAUGCUGGCCAGAUAUCUGGACUAAAUGUGCUUCGGGUAAUUAAUGAACCCACAGCAGCUGUUCUUGCCUAUGGUCUAGACAAAUCAGAAGACAAAAUCAUUGUCGUAUAUGAUUUAGGUGACGGAACUUUUGAUAUUUCCAUGCUGGAAAUUCAGAAAGGAGUAUUUGAGGUGAAAUCCACCAAUGGAGACACGUUUUUAGGUGGUGAAGACUUCGACCAGGCCUUGCUGCGUCACAUUGUGAAGGAGUUCAAAAGAGAGACAGGGGUUGAUUUGACCAAAGACAACAUGGCGCUUCAAAGGGUUCGGGAAGCCGCUGAGAAGGCCAAGUGUGAACUCUCUUCAUCUGUGCAGACUGACAUCAAUUUGCCACACCUUACGAUGGAUGCUUCUGGGCCCAAGCAUUUGAAUAUGAAGCUGAGGGUUCAGUUUGAGGGGAUUGUUACUGAUCUAAUCAGAAGGACCAUAGCUCCAUGCCAAAAAGCCAUGCAAGAUGCAGAAGCCAGCAAAAGUGACAUAGGAGAAGUGAUUCUGGUUGGUGGCAUGACUAGGAUGCCCAAGGUUCAGCAAACUGUGCAGGAUCUCUUUGGUCAAGCCCCAAGUAAAGCUGUCAGUCCUGAUGAGGCUGUGGCCAUUGGAGCUGCCAUUCAGGGAGGUGUGCUGGCUGGUGAUGUCACAGAUGUGCUACUCUUGGAUGUCACUCCCCUGUCUCUGGGUAUUGAGACUCUGGGAGGUGUCUUCACCAAGCUUAUUAACAGGAACACCACUAUUCCAACCAAGAAGAGCCAGGUGUUUUCUACAGCUGCUGAUGGACAGACUCAAGUGGAGAUUAAAGUGUGUCAGGGUGAGAGAGAGAUGGCUGGAGACAACAGAUUUCUUGGACAGUUUACUUUGAUUGGGAUUCCCCCAGCCCCUCGUGGAGUCCCUCCGAUUGAAGUUACAUUUGACAUUGAUGCCAAUGGGAUUGUACAUGUUUCUGCCAAAGAUAAGGGUACAGGACGCGAGCAGCAGAGUGUGAUCCAGUCUUCUGGUGGGUUAAGCAAAGAUGAUAUUGAAAAUAUGGUUAAAAAUGCAGAGAAGUAUGUUGAGGAAGACCGGCGAAAGAAGGAACGAGUUGAAGCAGUUAAUAUGGCUGAAGGAAUCAUUCAUGACACAGAAACCAAGAUGGAAGAAUUCAAGGACCAAUUGCCUGCUGAUGAGUGCCACAAGCGAAAAGAAGAGAUUUCCAAAAUGAGGGAGCUCCUCGCUCGAAAAGACAGUGAAACAGGAGAAAACAUAAGGCAGGCAGCAUCUUCCCUUCAGCAAGCAUCAUUGAAGCUCUUCGAAAUGGCAUACAAAAAGAUGGCAUCUGAGCGGGAAGGCAGUAAACUUUGGAGUCGAAAGGACAACAUAUUAUGA